AUGCCAGCCAGCAAGGGGUUUGUUGCAUGGUUGUUUGCCUGGGUGGUCACGAUGCCUUGGAUUGUCCAUGGCUACAGGGGAUCAUUCAAUCUCACCAUUAGCUCGAAGACAAGAAUGACCAAGAUCACGCCGUUCUAUGGGACAGAGCGGAACGGCAAUGCAUCCAUUUCCGUUCAGAUUGGCGGCGUGGGUAGGCCUCGGAAACCGCCCUCCGAGUAUGUAAAUAUGUACCUGGCUGUCUUCAAUGCCAAACAGUGGAUCGACUACGACCUCAGCUCGUACGGGUCAGGCUCUGAUGAGGGUUCUCCGUGCUCAACAGACGAUACGCAUCAGUGCAUCCAACUUUGUAGCUUGCCCUCGGUCAAACGGUUCCAAGUAUGGGGAGAUCCUUACAAGCGCAACACAGGCCGGCAGUUCUACUCGUUCCCACUGACAGAGAGGACAGAGUAUACCAUCGUCCUCUUCUCCUGCAGCUCGCAGGCGCAGACUGAACUUGUCAAUGUUGUCAUGGAUGUAGUUUUGCUGAACCCGGACGGAAAGCACCUGUCCAUUGAACGCGCUCCACUGGAGAUGAUUUAUCUGUUGGACCUGAUCUGCUACGCAAUGUUGACAUUCUUGUGCAUUGUGCAAAGAUUUUCGGUCUACAAAGGAGUGAGAUUGCACACGAUCUUCGUUGUCACUCUCUGCAUGAAACUCUUCCAGGUGAUAUUUGAGAUGGUUUACUACAGAAAAAUGUCUACAACAGGAAUUGAUGACGUUGCGUUGCUUGAUGCAACAAGGAUGUGUGACAUCAUGACGAAUGCAGUCUUUCUCGCUCUGCUGCUACUCAUCUCGCUAGGUUGGACCAUAACACGUGAUCGGCUGACAAAACGAGAGAAGCAGCUCUUUUGGGUGUUCUUCUCAAUGUACGGGGUUUUCGGUCUGAUGCAUUCAAUCUGCAACGAUCCGAAUUACUGUCAGAGCUUCCUCCUUGCUUUCUAUGUCGUCAAGUUUCUCAUCACUUUCUGUAUCAUAGUAGCUCUGAACGCCAACCUCGAGCGGUUGCGGGCUGGGACUCUUGAACUGUCUCGUCCCUUGACUCCAACGCAGCUUUAUUGCAAGAUCUUGAUCUUCUACAACGUUCGCUGGACAUUUCUUGCGAUCCUCGUCUUCCCCAUAGCCCUAAUGUUUGUGGAGGUAGCAGUUUUGACAUGGGAACAGGCAUGGAUUGGUAUUCUUCUGCAGGAAAUCCUUUACCUCUCGGUCUUUGUGGUAAUUGCGCAUACAUUCAAGUUUUACAAGCAAGACCAAUUGAUGCAGUCCCAGCCUCCAGCUGUUCAGGAUCCUCCAGGGAUUUCUCAAGACAACAGUGGAGGCCAGCCUGAGGACCAAGCGGGGAAUCAAGCAAAUGGAGCUGAACAGCAGCAGACAUCUCCGAGAGCUAAUGAGUGA